CAGCCCGGCCCGGCCCGGCCCCCCCCUUCCCGCCCCCCCGGGGGGCCGCCGCCGCCGCCCUGCCCCGCGGUGCCGCGCCGCGCCGCGCCGUGCCGCGCCGUCGGAGCGCUCGGCGUUUAAAUGCCCCCGACGCGGCGAUCUAUCAGCGGCAGGAGCCGGGAAAGUCCCGCAGGCGCCGCAGCCAUUGGCUGCCGCCCCCCACGUGCCUGCCUGCUGCCUGUACCUUCGUGUCAUUUUCCUGCCGGCCCCAUGGAGGAAGUGGGAAAGUUGGCGCGGCCCCGCCGGACGCUGAAGACCCGGUGGCGGCGUGACAGAGGGACGCGGCGAGGAUGAGCUCCUUCCUCGAGUACCCCGUCCUCGGCGGCGAGGCGGGGGGCUGCGCCGCCCGCGCCUACCACCCCGACCACGGGAUUACAACUUUCCAGCCCUGCGCCGUCAGCGCCGGCAGCUGCAGCGGGGAGGACCGCUUCCUCGCGGGCCGCGGGGUGCCCAUCAGCCCCCACCGCCACCACCACCACCCCCCGGCCCAGCCCGCCGCCUACCAGCACCACGGCGGCCUGGGGGUGUCCUACGCGCACCCCGGCUGCGGCCCGACCUACGGCGCGCAGGGCUUCGGACCGGCGUACGGCCCCUACCCCCUCGGGCAGGACGCGGAGCUGGGCGGCGGCUUCCCCCCCUGCGCCCCCGCCGUGUACUCGGGGAGCAUCUCCGCCGCCGCCGCCGCGCAGCACCCGCACCAGGGCUACGCGGGGGGUCCCGCUCAGUACGUGCCUCCCCCCUACGGGCAGGAGCAGCAGAGCCUGCCCUUGGGCACCUACAACCAUGCCCUGUCUCCCCUCCACGCCGGCCACCGGGAAAACGCCCGCUCCCCCUCCGCCGAGACCUCGCCGCCGGCGCAAACCUUCGACUGGAUGAAAGUGAAAAGAAACCCACCCAAAACAGGCAAGGCUGGCGAGUACGGCUUCGUGGGGCAGCCCAACACCGUCAGAACUAACUUCACCACCAAGCAGCUCACCGAGCUGGAGAAGGAGUUUCAUUUCAACAAGUACCUGACCAGGGCCAGGCGGGUGGAAAUCGCCGCCUCCCUCCAGCUCAACGAGACACAGGUGAAGAUCUGGUUCCAGAACAGGCGGAUGAAGCAGAAGAAACGGGAGAAAGAGGGGCUGCUGCCCAUCUCCCCUGCCACCCCCACGGGCUGCGAGGAGAAGGCGGAGGAGUCCUCGGAGAAGUCCUGCUCCUCGCCCUGCAGCGCCUCGCCCGCCUCCUCCGCCUCGGACACGCUCGCUGCCUCCAACUGAGACCCGUCGCACCCCGACGGCCAGCGCAGCUCCCGUCCAUUCACCGCGGUUAUGUCGGUCCCUCGCUCGGUCCCCCGCUCGCUCGGUCUCCCCGAGAGGUCCCGGCGCGCCGGAGCCCCCCCACCCCCGCCGCCACCGCCCGGCCCCGGGGGUGCUGGCUCCGCCGCCCG